AUGUUGUUUCUACUAUCGCUUUUGGCGCCCCUGGUGGCAUCCCAGGAGUUGAUGCGCUUUGGCUGCUCUCAGCUCACCAUUGACCAGAUCGAUCCUCUGGUCGAACCUGGGAAUAUUCCUUCAGCACAUAUGCACCAGGUCGUCGGCGGUAACUCGUUCAAUGCCAGCAUGAGCCCCAGUUCCCUCGACCCUCCGACAGAUGCGACUUGCACUAGUUGCACAUAUUCCGAGGACUUUUCCAACUAUUGGACUGCCAACGUCUACUUCAAGGCCAAGAAUGGCACAUUCAAGCUGGUCCCCCAGGUCGUCAACCUCGGGCUCGGGACCAAGGCUGGCAUGACUAUCUAUUACAUCAGAGGAUAUCAGGCCAGCGCCAAAGUCACGGCCUUUCCCAAGGGCUUCCGUAUGCUCGUCGGAGACCCAAUGAACCGCGAUGCCAGCAAGGUGCCAAAGGGCCUGUGCUGGAGAUGCGAGUCCAACAUGCAACAGAACCCCUUUGGCGGUGCCCCAUGCACAGGCUCCGAUACGCCGGGUUUCCCAAAGGCAGCCUGCGGAGGCGGGUGGCGAAUGACGGUGACGUUUCCCUCGUGUUGGGAUGGUAAGAACACCGACAGCCCAGACCACCGCAGCCACGUCGCCUACCCGGCGAGCGGCACCUUUGAAUCGGGCGGCGCGUGCCCGUCGACUCACCCGGUCAAGAUCCCUCAGGUCAUGUACGAGGCCAUCUUUGACACGCGACAGUUCAACAACAAGGCAGACUGGCCCACGGACGGCUCGCAGCCCUUUUACUUAAGCAUGGGCGACAAUACGGGCUAUGGCAUACACGGAGACUACUUGUUUGGUUGGAAAGGUGACGCUUUGCAAAAGGCCAUGGAUACAAAGUGCGCCAAUGAUAACUGCGCAGCUCUCAAGCGACAGACCAACGACCAAGCCAUUGCCUGCACCAAGGCACAGGCGUCCAAGGAAGACAUAGGAGCCAGUCAAUGGCUCAAAACAUUGCCUGGAGCGACCAUGUAG